CGCGCGCUCCGUUUGCUGUAGCGCAUGCCACCACACGCGCGGCCGCAGCCCGGGCAACGUGACCGUCGAUGGCGCUGCUGCGGAAUGAGAGCGAGCGAGCGAGCAGCCGCCGCCGGGCAGUGGGUUAUCGGCUUCGCUCUGCCGUUGCCGCCGCAGUGAAAGCUCACUUCGGGGUCGGGGAAAACAGGGCGGUUUAGUGCCGGGUCAGUGAACGGCGAGGCUGUUUGCCCACCCCCACCGCCUGGCUUGCGCGCGCGCGCGCGCACCGUGAGAGAAUUUCACGCGAACCGGCUCGUGCGGCGCCGGCCGAGAUGUGGACACCGACCGAGGAGGAGAAAUUUGGCGUCGUGAUAUGCAGCUUUCGUGCCUCAGUUCCUCAAGGGCUUGUACUGGAAAUCGGAGAAACUGUUCAGAUUUUGGAAAAGUGUGAAGGAUGGUUCAGAGGAUUUGCAACCAAGAAGCCUUCAGUUAAGGGUUUAUUUCCAGCAAGUUAUAUUCACUUGAAGGCGGCUGUGGUUAGUAACCGAGGCCAAUUUGAAACAGUUGUUCCAGUGGAAGAUUCUAUUGUUACUGAGGUCACUGCCACAUUGCAAGAUUGGGUGAUGCUCUGGAAGCAACUCUAUGUGAAACACAAAGUGGAUUUAUUUUACAAACUGCGGCAUGUAAUGAAUGAACUGAUUGACUUGCGGAGGCAGCUUCUGUCUGGUCAUCUCACCCAAGACCAAAUCCGUGAUGUCAAGCGACACAUCACAGUCCGCUUGGAUUGGGGCAAUGAGCAAAUGGGCAUGGACCUGGUACCCAGGAAGGACUUUGAAAUGGUUGAUCCCGAUCAGAUAAGUGUAGCAGAUCUCUAUAAACUGCACCUGUCCAGCAGGCAUAAUAUACAACAGAGUACCACACAGACGGACACCAUCAAGCAUCGUCACAGCGACACAUGCCGGAUCCCUGUUCCCCACCAUCUCUUCCUGAACAUGAAGAGUUUUACUUACCAUACCAUUGGAGAAGAUACUGACAUCUUCUUCUCUCUUUAUGACACCCGAGAGAGCAAACAGAUCAGUGAGAGGUUUAUGGUGAGGCUGAACAAGAAUGGAAUGCCGAGAAACCCUGAGAAGAUAGAGCGGCUAUGUGCACUGUUUACGGAUCUGAGUAACAAGGAUCUGAAGCGAGAUCUCUACAUAGUUGCUCAUGUUAUACGAAUAGGUCGAAUGUUAUCCAAUGAUUCAAAGAAAGGCCCCCCUCACAUACAGUACCGGCGCCCAUAUGGAUGUGCAGUGCUGAGCAUGAUGGAUGUUCUGCCAUCUGUUUCUGAAGUUCGCGAGGAAAAGGAUUUCGUUCUAAAGGUUUAUACAUGCAAUAAUGAGAAUGAGUGGCAUCAAAUCCAUGAAAAUAUAAUUCGUAAAUCCAGCAACAAAUACACCGCAGCCAGCUCAAAUUAUGGAAUGAUCAUUUCUCUCCAGCUGCUUCGAGGUGAUAUGGAUCAUAUUCGCAGAGAGAAUCCCAUUAUCUUUAACCGGGGAGUGGCCAUCACACGCAAACUAGGUUUUCCUGACGUCAUCAUGCCAGGUGACAUCAGGAAUGAUCUGUAUCUGACAUUGGAACGAGGGGAUUUUGAGAGAGGUGGAAAGAGUGUUCAGAAGAACAUUGAAGUAACAGUGUACGUUCUUUAUGCAGAUGGAGAAGUACUAAAGGACUGUAUUAGUCUUGGUUCUGGAGAGCCCCCUAUAACUGAGCAUUGCUCCUUUGUGAUGUAUCACAACAACAGUCCACGAUGGGGUGAGAUCAUCAAACUGCCCAUUCCAGUCGAUAAAUUCAGGGGUUCACACCUUCGGUUUGAGUUCAGACACUGCUCAACAAAAGACAAAGGAGAAAAGAAGCUUUUUGGUUUUGCAUUUACGCCAUUAAUGCGAGAUGAUGGUACAACACUUUCAGAUGACCUUCAUGAGCUGUAUGUCUACAAGUGUGAUGAAAACAGUACAUUCAGUAACCAUGGACUGUACCUGGGUCUCCCCUGUUGUAAAGAAGACUUUAAUGGCUGCCCCAACAUCCCAUCCAGUCUUAUAUUCCAACGAAGUACCAAGGAAUUCUUCUGGAUCUCAACCCUACUCUCAUCUACUAAACUGACACAGAAUGUUGAUCUCCUUGCCUUUUUGAAGUGGAAAACACAGCCAGACAGAGUGAUGGACAUCCUGGGAAGGCUACGUCAUGUCAGUGGUGAAGAAAUUGUUAAAUUUUUACAGGACAUUUUAGAUACACUGUUUACAAUUUUGGAUGACAACACAGAGAAAUACGGCUUGCUGGUAUUUCAGUCCUUGGUGUUCGUAAUAAAUUUGCUGCGGGACAGCAAGUAUUAUCACUUCCGGCCUGUGAUGGAUACCUACAUUAAGAAGCACUUCUCUGGUGCACUGGCAUACAAGGAGCUAAUCCGAUGUCUGAAAUGGUACAUGGAUCGAUCUGCAGAAGUUGUAAGACAAGACCACAUUCAAGAGGCAAUGAGGGCCUUGGAGUAUUUGUUCAAGUUUAUUGUGCAGUCACGGAUUUUGUAUUCAAGAGCAACAGGCGGGAUCGAGGAGGAACAGUUUCGUACCAGCAUUCAGGAACUCUUUCAGUCCAUCCGCUUUGUCCUGAGUUUAGAUAGCAGAAGUUCUGAGACCCUCGUCUUCACACAGGCGGCUCUCCUCAACUCCUUCCCUGCAAUUUUUGAUGAGCUGCUGCAAAUGUUCACAGUGCAGGAGGUGGCAGAGUUUGUGAGAGGAACAUUGGGCAGCAUGCCCAGCACAGUACACAUCGGUCAGUCAAUGGACAUAGUCAAGCUGCAAUCCAUCGCACGCACUGUGGAUAGCCAUCUCUUUUCAUAUCCAGACUCCCGUCGAAUCCUGCUGCCUGUCGUUCUCCAUCAUAUACACCUGCAUCUGCGGCAGCAGAAGGAGCUGCUCAUUUGCUCUGGGAUCCUCAGCAGCAUCUUUUCCAUCAUGAAGACCAGCUCCCUGGAAUACUCAAUAUCAGAAGAGGUAGAAAUGAUGGUCGAGAGUCUUCUUGAUGUCCUUCUACAGACCCUGCUUGCUAUCAUGAAUAAGUCCCAGAUGGCGGAGGCGGUAAGAGGACAGCGCUGCCCACAGUGCACAGCAGAGAUAACUGGUGAGUAUGUCACUUGCCUACUGUCCCUGCUUCGACAAAUGGGAGAUAACCACUACCAACACUUGCUAGAUAAUUUCCAGAGCAAGGAGGAGCUCAAGGAUUUCUUCUUAAAAAUAUUCUGCGUCUUCCGUAAUUUAAUGAAGCUGAGCGUAUAUCCACGUGAUUGGAUGGUGAUGAGACUACUAACCAGCAACAUCAUUGUUACCACUGUCCAAUACCUGUCCCCAGCAUUACACAAGAACUUCACAGAAUCAGAUUUUGAUUUCAAGGUAUGGAACUCAUACUUCAGCUUGGCUGUUCUAUUUAUAAAUCAGCCAAGCCUUCAACUGGAGAAUGCCACUCCCGCCAAAAGGAAGAAGAUUUUGGAUAGAUACGGUGAUAUGAGAGUGAUGAUGGCCUAUGAACUCUUCAGCAUGUGGCAGAAUCUGGGUGAAAAUAAGAUUCAUUUCAUCCCAGGAAUGAUUGGUCCCUUCCUGGGUGUGACAUUGGUGCCACAGAUCGAGGUUCGGAAUGUAAUGAUCCCAAUUUUCCAUGACAUGAUGGACUGGGAACAGCGAAAGAAUGGAAGCUUCAAGCAGGUGGAAGCAGAACUCAUCGACAAGCUGGACAGUUUGGUGUCAGAUGGAAAAGGAGAUGAGAAUUACCGUGAGCUUUUCAGUCUCCUUUUAUUAGAGAAGAUUGAACAGGAAACAUGGAGAGAGACUGGUGUUUCCUUCGUAUUAUCUGUAACACGCCUCAUGGAACGUCUGCUGGAUUACAGGGAUUGUAUGAAAGGAGAUGAUGCUGAAAAUAAGAAGAUUGGUUGUACUGUUAAUUUGUUGAACUUUUACAAGUCAGAGAUUAACAAGGAGGAGAUGUACAUCCGUUAUAUCCAUAAACUGUGUGACAUGCAUCUACAGGCUGAUAACUACACAGAGGCAGCAUUUACACUGAUGCUGUACUGGGAGCUGCUUCAAUGGGAGGACAGACCCUUGCGGGAGUUUCUGCACUACCCAGCACAGAGUGAGUGGCAGCGCAAGGAGGGAUUGUGUCGCCAGGUUAUCAGCUACUUCAACAAAGGGAAGUGCUGGGAGUUUGGGAUCCCUCUCUGUCGGGAACUGGCCAGUCAAUAUGAGGUCUUCUAUGAUUACCACAGUCUCAGCUGGAUUCGGAAAAUGGAAGCUGCAUAUUAUGACAACAUAUUAGAGCAGCAGCGCCUAGAACCAGAGUUCUUCAGGGUUGGAUUUUAUGGCAGGAAGUUUCCAUUCUAUCUGCGGAACAAGGAGUUUGUGUGUCGUGGUCAUGAUUAUGAGAGGCUCGAGGCCUUUCAGCAAAGGAUGCUGACAGAAUUCCCACAAGCUAUUGCCAUGCAACACCUUAACCAGCCUGAUGAAACCAUCCUGCAGUCCGAUGCACAGUAUCUGCAAAUAUAUGCAGUGUGCCCAAUUCCAGAGAAUGUGGAUGUCCUCCAGAUGGAGAGAGUUCCGGACCGAAUUAAGAGCUUCUAUCGUGUAAACAAUGUCAGCCACUUUCGGUAUGACAGACCAUUUCAUAAAGGUUCAAAGGACAGAGAAAAUGAGUUUAAGAGCCUCUGGAUCGAACGCACAACCCUGACUCUCACACACAGCUUGCCUGGGAUCUCCCGCUGGUUUGAAGUAGAAAAGAGAGAAGUGGUGGAGGUGAGCCCUCUGGAAAAUGCCAUCUAUGUUGUGGAGAACAAAAACCAAGAGCUGAGAAGCCUGAUCAACCAGUACCAGCACAAGCAGCUGCACGCUAACAUUAACCUGCUCAGCAUGUGUCUGAAUGGAGUGAUAGAUGCAGCAGUGAAUGGAGGAAUAGCCAGGUACCAGGAGGCAUUUUUCCACAAAGAGUACAUAGUGAACCAUCCUGAAGACAGUGAGAAAAUUAACCAGCUGAAAGAACUCAUGCAGGAACAGGUUCAUAUUCUUGGAGUGGGAUUAGCAAUUCAUGAGAAGCUGGUACAUCCAGAGAUGCGGCCCCUGCACAAGAAGUUGAUAGAUCAGUUCCAGAUGAUGAGGUCCAGCCUUUGUCAUGAUCUUCCCGGAAUGGACAAGAUCAGCCCUGUGUGCUCUGGCUCCAACACACCACGUGGAAGCCUCAUGUCUGGUCAUAAUCCUAUGAGUCCAGAAACUAUCAAGCUCAUGCAUAGGCACAGCCCCCUGAAUCUGAUUGGCUCCAACAGGCACUCCUCAUCAUCACUAUCCUCACAAACAUCCAGUGAAGUCGGGAACCUCGUCAUCCUCACAGAUGGACUAGUUGGAGACACUCCAGAUGACCUUUACCGCAUGCAGCUUGCUUAUGCUAACACCAAGUUCCAGGGCUCCAUGACGAAUGUCUCUGUUUUGUCAUCGUGCCAGGCAAGUCCAUCCACCUCGAGCCUGAGCUCCACACACUCGGCCCCUUCACAGAUGAUCAACUCGGCCCCAUCAAGUGCUCGAGGUUCUCCAUCAUUGUCCGACAAGUACCGUCAUUCACGGGACAUUAUGAUGUUGCUGCCUCCUCACAGGGACAGGCCAAGCAGCGCCAUGUAUCCAGCUAUGAUGGAGAAUGGACAGCCUUCUAGUUUCCAGCGGGCUUUGAUUCAACAAGUGGUCGGACCUUGCAAACCAUGCAGUGACCCCAACCUCUCAGUUGCUGAAAAGGCGGUGCCUGCUGCUCCUAGUUGCUGGAGUCUAGACAGUGGAACCAGAGAUACAGUACCAUUCUUGUCAGGACAUGUGGGCACCAUUAUUGCGCCUCCAGUACCACCACGCACAUUACCACCUGGUCAUUUCUCUAUGAAUUUUGAUGCCUUCCAUCAUCAAACCAGUGAUAUACCACCUGCCCUACCUGCACGAACCCUACGUAAGUCUUCACUGCAUCCUAUACCUGCAUCACCUACCAGCCCCCAUUCGGGUCUUGAUGGCAGCAACUCCACUUUGUCUGGCAGUGCAAGCAGUGGAGUGUCCUCUCUGAGUGAAAGCAACUUCGGCCAGUCGAUUGAGCCACCACGUGCUGACACUAUAGACUCUGUCCCCGGUCAGAUCUGGAACCCAGACGAAGAUGGGGAGUCCCCUUACAUACCAGUGAGGUACAGCCUGUCCGAGCCAGACGUCAUUGAUUCAGUCAAACCCCACCCAUGCCGCAGCCACUCAGCUCCCACAGGGGUCAUUCCUAAGGAAGCUCUGGAGACCCCAGUCUUGCCCCCAAAACCAUAUCAUCCCAGGCCUGCAUACACAGACAAUGAAGAAAUACUUGAAGAAGGGAGCAGGCCAAAGAGUUUCACAUGCAAACUAUCUCAAUCUGGCCUAAGUGGUAAAGAUGACCAGGCCAAGGUACCAUGGGAACAUAGCAUCAAUCAAGAAUAAGUGACAAUGGGUUCUGAAGAUCAAGAUGUUCACUAGUUCAUCUUACAGGUGGCAGCCACCUCUGUUUAAUGUAAACAGACAACAUUUCUUUGAGAAAAUAACUGCUUUGAUUCAGAGAAAGGAAGUCUUUCUGUUUAGGACCUGGCUGUUCGAUGAUUGCAUUUAUAGUUAAGGAAUAUUGAAGUGUGUUGAAGAGAAUUCAAACCUUCAAACCCAAAUUCAGAAUAGUUUCUGUCACAACAUGCAUUUCACUUUGAUUAUUGGAAAGUAAAGGGGAAUUAACAAGGAUUCAAAACUUUAAAUAUUAUUUGUCAUUUCAUUAAGUGCCCUCUAAUUACCUCCAUUUUGGUUACUCGUGUGUGUGUGUGUCUGUGUGUAUUCUAAUUUGCUAUUUUACAGUCUAACGUUCAAAAAAUAUUUAUAUUUCUGUGUUCAGUCUUCCAUCCAUGGCACUUCACUUUUGCUAAUAAUGGUGUCAAAUUAUGCCACUAAGGUCUCAUACUUGCAUUCCUAAAAGGUAAAAGAAUACCAUCUGAAAUAGUGUAUCGGAGUGUAUCAACAUGAUAAAACUGUUGAGUUCAGAAGUGGUACAUCCACAGUUAGCAUAGAAUUCACAUAAAUGUGCUUUAGUGCUGAAUAAUUUAAAAUGAAGAUCAAUUAAUUUUCUAGAAUUAAGAAAUUGGCAGUUCUUUAACUUUUCAGGGUUUUUUUUUUAUUACUGGCUCCUGUGGGUUAUUUAGAUUUAUAUAAAAUUGGGAGGAUACUAUGCCAACCAUUGAGUCCCUUCUGAAUGACAAAUUACAACAUUCUAACAAAACAGACCAUAUAAAAUGCAAUAAUAAAGUGCAUUAUUUUUUUUCUAAACUACUUUGCAAUGAGUUCUUAUUAUCUCCAGCCCUGCACCAAUUUGAUUAAAUUUUCUGUAGCCCAACAUCAUUUUCUAGAAGAAUUCAUAUCAGAGAUCCACCAAUUUGUAUUCCUGUAACAGUAGCCCAGUAUCCUAGCACUUCAGAGGAAGGUCCCAGUAAUAGCUAACUAUGUAAAGAGAGCUCCUUGGGGCAUUGAAAGGCAGCUUCUUUUGGGAUGAAGACAAAGCUGGCACAAAGAAAAAGGCAAAUGCUUUUGGUAUUAAUUUCCUGUCAAACAGUCUUUACAUAUUCCCUUCAAGUUCUAGACACCAAUAUUUAAAUACAAUCAAACUGAGAAUCAGGUUUAAUAUCACUGAUGUAUGUUGUGAAAUUUGUUGUCUUGUGGCAAUAUAUAAAAAUAUACAAUAAAUUACAAUAUCUAUAACUAAAGCGAACCUUCAUCUACACACUUGGUUAUGUUGGAUUAGGGUCUAAAUUGUCAUUUUCAAGUCAAGUCACUUUUAUUGUCAUUUCAACCAUAACUGCUGGUACAGUACACAGUAAAAAUGAGACAACGUUUUUCAGGACCAUGGUGUUACAUGACACAGUACAAAAACUAGACUGAACUAAGUUAAAAAAAAACAACAUGGAGAAAGCUACACUAGACUACAGACCUACACACACUUUUGUUCUAGUUUAACUUUCUUUAUGCUUGUUUAUAUGUUUCUAUGAUCACCUGUUUGUGGAUUUUGUGUUAUUUCUGUAUUUUUGUAGUUUUUAUGUAUUGCACUGCAGCAGUACAGUGCAAUACAUUAAAAAACUGUAAAAUACAAUAAGAAGUACAUUUUAAAAAUAAAUAAGUAGAGAAAAAAGAGAUCAAAGAUAGUGAGGUAGUGUUCAUGGGUUGGUUUAUUGUCCAUUCAGAAAUCUUGUGGCAGAGAGACGAAGCUGUUCCUAAAAAAUAUUAUGUACAUUUAAAAUAUACAUAAUUUCUGUGCUGUUUAUCUCCAUCUAGAUCAGAUACUUAGACAAACUAUUUUUGUUCCCCUGAACAGGCUAUGGCAUUUGAGUUAAAUUUAAAUGCUAAUGAAGAAAGCUUAGCACAGAUUCCAGUAUUCCCAUAGUACCUGAGUGAUGUGGAUAUUUUCCAUAUCAGAAUUGCUGAUAUAGUGGGUCAGCAGGUAACCCCAUAUACUGUAUUUGUAGUAAUGACUUUGAACUCCCCAGGUAAACAAAAGGAACAAGAAGGGUAAUUUCAUUUUUUUGUCUGGUGACGUUAGUGAGUAAAGCUGUUCAUUGUGUGGAUGCCAGCAAAAUUGUUUUCAAAAUAGGUUUACAAUCUCCUUAUAACAGGUCAAAACUACACAACUGUAUUUCUUUCUUCAACUCACUAAUUUUACCUGCAGACAGAGACCUGUUCAGAACAAACUAGUAUUAAUAAUAAACUAAGAAGGUUACUAAAACCUCCAUCAAAAUCUUCUUUUAAUAAAGUGAACUGAUUUUUGUGACAGAGAAAUAGUAUUUAUGCAACAGUUUGAUUUUUCCUGAUGCAGAUUAAUAGCUGCCACUAAAUCUGUGGAUGCUUCUUAGCAGGUGAGUACACUGAGUUGAUUAAUACCAAGCUGUCCUGUGCUCACUUCUGUUGUUGAUAUUAAUAAGAACUAGAGCAGCAUUACGAGUGUUACAUUUGAUUAGUGGGACUAUGUGGUUGAAAUAGGUUAGAGCACCUGCUUUCUACCUGCAAACCCAGUUGUGAGGUCUGUAACAGGAGCAAUUGCUUUUGGGUUCUGUUAAAUUCUAAUCCUGCCAAAUUUGAGAUUGAAUUCUUCAAGUAGUCAUAAGCCUUUCAAUCAAACUGUUCCUAUAUAUCACAUGACUGGGGAUAAUUAGUCAGGCCGGUUUGUCUGGUGUGAGAAAUGGAAGAAUAUCACACUUAGAGUGUGAAAUACUUCUUUGAUGUUAAGGACCUUUCCUGAAGCACUGUAAAAUUAGCACUGACUCUGCAGUGCCUUAUUCUGAGAAGCUGAUGCUAACAUUGGAUGCUUGAAAAUGGAAUUGUACCAUUUAACACCUCUCACUUUAUCAUAAACUCUGAAAUGAUUGUCUUAUUCCAGUUACUGAUUCUUGCGCCUCAUCACAGACAAUGCUUUGUUCGUCGAAGGCAUUAGUGACAGAUUAUUCCAUAUACAUCCCUGCAUGUUCACAUUCUCCUGUAGACACUCCCUCUUCUAGCUGCAGCCCUCUAAAUGUGAUUGUAAGAAGCCUAUCACCACUCUGACAGGAUUAACACACUCAGAGAGCAUGAGUUUGAGUGUGAGUGAAUCCCUGGCCCUUCCUAACAUGUACUUCAACAACUCACCCAGCAAGGCAUUUCCUAAUCACACUCUCAGGAGUCUAGAACUGAUCUUUCUGCCCAAGUUAAGCUGAUGAUCAAAACGUAUUAGGAAACUAUAGGUGCAGGUGAAUAUUGUUUUUAUUCAGUCCUAUGCUUAUCAUAUUAAAUUAUGUAGGGGUAGAAAUUAAUAUCUAUUACCAUUUUAUUUGUCCCAUUUAGGGACAUUUUGUACAGUUGGUACAGUUUCAGGGUACUCUGCAACCAGUUUACUGUAAUUUCAAAACUUUGACUAUUGAUCCUAUUUUCAUUUAAUUUGGUUUUGAAAUGGUCCUCACACUAUGCACAGAGAGACUUGCAUACAAUGGUGAUAAGUCCUCCUUGUUCCUGCUGCACUUGCAACAGACACUUCACAUUCUCAUCUAUAUCCAGUUGUGUGGAAAUUAGAAUUAGUUUUCCUAAACUAUCAGCUCCAAUACAUGAAGAUGAAUUGCAUUUUAAUACCCUUUCCCUACAAAUCACAACAUGACAGAAGCAAAGAUACAACAUAAAUACUUCAUAGCAGUUUGAGACCUUCCAAGACAGAUUUGGACUGUUUACUGUGGAAUAACUAGAGCCGUUUCAGAGAAAUCGUUCAAGAAGUGGGGAUUAUACAGGUAUUUUACACUAUCCCUACUAACACCAGAGCUUAAGAUUUUCUGAUCUACUGGGGCAUAGGAUAUUGUAAAGUGUGCAUUUGAGAGUGAAUUGUAAAUAAAACAUAAUUAAAAAAAUCAGAAAGGCAAAUUUCAAUAUUAUCAAAGAGAAGAACUAAAAUUUGAUAUGAACCAUAAGUUUAAAAUAAAGAAUUACAACUCAUCAUUGCCAAACUACUGAUAAAUACUAUCAUUUACCUUGGGGUGAAAGACAGAGAGGGCUGUUAACUGAAAUCUUCAAAUAUAUUACAACAUCCACCCAGUAUCAGAAUUCUAUUUAGCAACUGGUGUGGCCCAAGUAAAAUAUGACAAAGCUAACUGGAGUAGAGAAAAGCUGUUGAACUCUUUCAUCCUAUUCCUCAAUGAUGCAGAGAACAAGCACAUCCACUAACCAUGUACAUUCAGAGCAGUCACCAACCCCACCUAUUUUUUUUGUUUGUUUUUUAUUUGGGAUGGUGGUAGGACAGAAAAACUGAUCUUUUACAAAAAUACUAAUUUAAUUUUUUAAACUUAUUUUUGCUCAAACUUGUUUCUAGUGUGCCCAUCAAAGUCAAGAAUUCCAUUGAGAUUUUUGUGAAAAAGAAAAUGAAAUGUGAAAAGACUCUGUAAAAUAAUAAAUUUGAUGUAUAACAACAGUAACAUGCCUCGUAAAAGGCAGUUACUUAAUAUUUACCCAGCUAUUGCGGUGCUUUCUUCGCAGUACACAAGCUAUGGAGUGUGUUCUGUAACUAAAGCAUGCCAAAUGUAUUUUUGUGAGCCUUGUAAUUUACAGUCCUGUUUUCUGUACAGCAAUGUUUCAAAUGAUGGAGUUUAAACUACCUGUUGUCACCAUGGGUUUCUCUGAUUUUAAACCCAUUGCGUUACCACACAGUGAUGUAAAGCUGUUUCCCCCUUCCCCUUCCAAAAUUAUGUCCGCUUUUAUUGAACCAUGUUAGUGCUGAGUAAUCCUGGUCCUUGUACAAAUCUUCCCUUCUCAAUGCUGUGUAUUUAUGAACUUUACAAAGUGGAUAAAGAAAGAGACCUCUGAUGAAGUGCGGGCCUUGUAUUGUGAGGGAUUUAUCUCAACACUGAAUUCCCAUUCUGAUGAUCUUCACUAUGCAUCCAUAAUGGUGGAUACUUGAGCGGAAAGGUCGGUAACUAACUGCUGUAGCAGGCUUGGGAAAGCAAGGCUGGAGCUGGAAACCUCUGCUUCAGCACAGAUCAGUCUCUGCCAACCAAAAUAAUCCAAGCAACAGAUAGCCAAUGGGUGUAACAGAAUGACACGUUCAUUCUACUCUCAGUCAACUUUUUGAGGGGAUUUAUGGAGGAUUUUUAAAGCCAAGUUGGUUUUAUAUUUGCGUGAACAAGAUAGAGGUUUAAAAAAAGCAGAUGAUCAAAAUGAUAAUUGAACUUUUGUCAGGCCCAUGGUUAGGUUCAGUUCAGCUCCAUUUUUUUGUGUACUAAAUAGGACUGCCCUUUACCAUUUUUGUAAGGGGAACAGCAAGGAAACAUUAGUGAACGUACAUAGUGAGAUUUUACUGUAUAUAUUGUGUUAGCAUGUCAGAAUAUGUGAUGUGAAUUUUAGAUGUAAAUACUUCCAGUUAGUUUUCCUAUUCACCAAAUUGCUGUUAUGUGUAAUUCCUUAAUGCCUAAAAUUAAAGCCUUGA